CUUGCUUUGGUUAUGAUUUUUGUGUUUUUUUAUAAGAAGAAAAGAAUUUAUCAAGUCGACGCAAUGGAUCCAUCUAAUGCAAAUAGGUUUCUCAAAAAUAGCGUAUAAUCUUUAUAUGUAAUUCGCUAUAAGCUUGAUAACACUAUAUUUAUGUGACGUACAUAUAUACGUAUAGCGACUAUUAGUCAAUUUAUCGAAUCCCCCACUAAUAGCACUGAGACUAUUCACGCAGCACCUAUCGCGUAUCGAAGGUCAUUUUAAGUUAUUCGCAAUUAAUUUAUCAUUCCGCAGUGCUUAAUUGUCUCGUGUUCUUUAAUAAGUCAGGAUCUGAUUGUGAGUCACUUUGCCUCGGGUUAUCAGCGAAAAGGGAGACAUGAGUACCCAUUAUGGAGGUGAUAGAAUUGUUUGAUAAAGUUAAUGAAAGCCUGGGAUCAUACACAUUUUCAAGAUGGAUUGGGAGAUUUAUAGAAGAUUAUCAGACAUCAACCACACUCCUUGUUACAAUUGUUGUAUCUCUGCUGCUUAUUCUCUUGGUUAUAUCAAUUUUUGUUAUACGAAAAUGGAAGAACAAAGAAUUUCUGCCAGAGGUAAAGGAGUUUGUUGGAGUAGGUACUGGGAAGCCGAGAUUCAGAAAAAGGGACAAAGUCCUCUUUUAUGGAAGAAAGAUGUUGCGCAAGGUAAAGUCUAUCAGUGGCCAAGUCCAUGCUACUGGACAAGGGAAGAAGAGGAGAGCAGUCAUGAGAUUUGCUCGUCGAUUAUUACAACUUAAGAAGGAGACUGCUCCACAACAACUCAAGGUAUUGGAACCACCUGCAGAAUAUUUAGAAGAAGAUUUAGGACCUGGUGAGAGAGUACCACCAGAUGCACUGUACAUGUUACAAAGUAUUAGGGUCUUUGGACAUUUUGAGAAGCCUGUGUUCCUAAAGCUGUGCAAAUAUACAGAAAUCAUGAACUUGCCUGCUGGUAGUACAUUGUUCAAAAUUGGUGAUCCCGACGAGAAUUUAUUUAUAGUACAACAGGGUUUAGUUAAUGUAUAUAUUACUGGUCCUGAUGGUUCCCAGAUAUCGUUAAAAUUAGUAAAAACAGGCGAAUCGGUUACCAGUCUUCUUAGCUUUACUGAUGUACUUACCGGGCAUACAAGUACAUAUAAAACUGUGUCAGCAAGAGCUGUAGAAGAUUCUAUUGUAGUGAAACUACCAAUGAGCGCGUUCCAAGAAGUAUUUCAAGAUUAUCCCGAUGCAUUCGUUCGAGUUAUUCAAGUCAUCAUGGUGCGUUUGCAAAGAGUCACUUUUACUACUUUACAUCAAUAUCUUGGUCUCUCCGCGGAGUUAGUUAAUCAAGGAACACAUAAAAAAAAGCAAAGCCCAUUCUCUGGCUCGCCAGUACGUUCAAGAACCAGAGAUAACUUUACUUUGCAAAACACCGAUGGUGGAUUUGUUCCAUCAGAGACUCAUGAUACUAGCGAUGUUUCUUAUCGCGACAUACCUUCAAAUUCAAGUGGUUCCCAACCUGUUGCCGGUAACGCGAAUCGAAGGGCAAAAAAUAGCAACGAUUGGAAGAAUCCAGGUUUCACUUCGCAAAUAAGUCAAAAUUCGGUGGACAUGGUGCCAGAGUGUGACUCUCACUGGCCGAAUUUGUCUCCUACCGCGACCUCUCAGCCCGUUCAAGGAUCACAUUCUGAAAGCGUUCACGUGGGAAGUGCUUAUCCCAGCCGAAAGCGUUCAACUAACGAGGCAGUGCAACCGCAGCAGCAAUUAGACGAAUCGCAGCUCGUGCAGAUAGCCACCGAUGCAUUCGUUCACGAAUUAGGCAUAGAAGAUGAGACAGUGCUCAAAGAUAAAGUACAGAUUAGAGAAGUGCCGGCUGGUACCUAUCUAAUGAAGGAGGAAUCGCACAAGGAUGUUGCACUCGUAUAUGUGCUCUCGGGUUCACUGAUAGUAAGCCAACGCGUGUCGGAGAGUCGGGAUGCCUAUCAAGAAGUUCAUAUGUUCAGCGCCCAUCAGGGUGAAAUCGUCGGUGGCUUAGCAGUGUUGACCGGCGAGCCGUCCUUUUACACCAUCAGAGCGAAACAUCCCAGUCGCAUCGCACUAAUUAGCAAGAUGACGUUCUUCGCUAUCAUGCGAGAUCAACCUACAGUCGUGUUGCACGUAGCGCACACUGUCGUUCGUAGAUUAAGUCCGUUCGUAAGACAGGUGGAUUUUGCCCUCGACUGGUUGUUUCUUGAAAGCGGAAGGGCCGUUUAUAGGCAAGGUGAUGAGUCAGACUCGACGUUCAUAGUGCUAAGUGGGCGAUUGCGUUCGGUGAUCACUUACAAGGACGGCAAGAAAGAACUAGUGGCGGAGUACGGAAAAGGCGACUUGGUAGGAAUUGUAGAGAUGGUCACGCAGACCUCACGAUCGACGACAGUCAUGGCGGUGCGAGAUUCUGAACUAGCGAAGUUACCGGAAGGUUUAUUCAAUGUAAUCAAACUUAGGUAUCCGAUCGUCGUUACGAGGCUGAUAAACCUCCUCGGUCAUCGUAUACUCGGUACAUGGCAGCAAGCACACACGAAAAACUACAGUAAUGAUACUCAGCGAGCCGCGGCAACGGUGGAUGCAAGGCCGGCUCAAGUUAAUUUCUCGACUGUCGCGAUAGUACCCGUGUCGGAUGAUGUGCCAUUGACUGCCUUUACUUACGAACUAUAUCAUUCCCUAUGCGCUAUUGGACCUUGUCUUCGUCUAACGUCGGAGGUCGUAAGGAAGACUUUAGGUACGAGCAUCAUGGAGCCUGCGAAUGAAUAUCGAUUGACGUCCUGGUUGGGGCAGCAGGAGGAUCAACACCGGAUCUCUCUGUACCAAUGCGAUUCGAGUUAUACAUUGUGGACUCAGCGAUGCGUAAGACAAGCCGAUUGCAUCCUCAUCGUGGGUCUGGGCGAUCGACCGCCAUCCAUCGGGCGAACAGAGCGCGAAGUGGAGCGACUGGUAAUGAGGACACAGAAGGAAUUGGUGCUGUUGCACAAAGAGCAGAACGGUCAACGACCUACGAACACGGUUCAGUGGUUGAACAUGAGGUCGUGGGUGUCCAGUCAUCACCACAUUCAGUGCCCGAAGCGCAUGUUCACCAGAAGAUCGCAAUACAGAAUUAACGAGCUGUAUUCCAAAGUGCUGAUGUCCGAGCCGAAUGUGCACAGUGACUUCAGUAGACUGGCGCGAUGGCUGACAGGUACGUCAGUCGGCCUCGUGCUGGGCGGUGGUGGUGCCAGGGGCGCUGCUCACGUAGGCAUGCUCAAGGCCAUCAUCGAGGCGGGAAUACCCAUAGAUAUGGUCGGUGGAGUCAGCAUAGGUGCCUUCAUGGGCGCGUUGUGGUGCAUGGAGAAGAACAUCACCACUACCACACAGAAGGCCAGGGAGUGGUCCAAGAAAAUGACGCAAUGGUGGCGUCAAAUUCUGGACCUGACUUAUCCGGUGACCUCGAUGUUCUCCGGCAAGGAUUUCAACAAAACAAUACAGCAGACCUUCGGCGACACGUACAUAGAGGACUUGUGGCUCCCGUAUUUCACUAUAACCACAGAUAUCACGGACUCCUGUAUGCGCACGCAUACACAUGGUUUACUAUGGAGAUACAUUCGCGGCAGUAUGAGUAUCGCGGGAGUCUUUCCUCCCAUUUGCGACCCCAUUGACGGGCACCUUUUGGUCGACGGGUGUUAUGUUAAUAACGUACCAGCUGACGAAAUGCUACGCCAAGGAGCGCAUCACAUUUUGGCCAUCGACGUUGGCUCACAAGAUGAUACUGAUCUGACGAAUUACGGGGACUCACUGUCCGGCUGGUGGCUGCUGUGGAAACGUUGGAAUCCAUUCGCCACGCCGGUGAAGGUGCCGAAUCUGCCGGACAUUCAAUCCAGAUUGGCGUACGUGAGUUGCGUCCGCCAGCUGGAGGAAGUGAAAAGUUCGGAUUACUGCGAGUAUAUCAGGCCGCCGAUCGACAAGUAUAAAACCCUCCAGUUCGCAAAUUUCGACGAAAUCAAGGAUGUGGGCUACCAACACGGUAAAACGUAUUUCGAGGGCCAGUCGAAAGCUGGAGUUCUGCCUCGAUUCAAUGCAGAUCGAGAGAAUGCGAGAGCUAUGCGAGCGAAAAAUCAAGCGGCGAAUCAACAGUCCGUCUCCUCGUACACUUUCACCGAUCUCGCGCAGAUGGUGUGCAAAGUCUCACGCGGCAACCGAUACCUCGAUCUCGACAUAGACUCCGACUCGGACGAGUUGGAGGAGUACGAGGCCGACUUGGAAGAAGAUGCACAGGAAGUAGGAUAUGCGUCUGAACCCACUGCCGGUAUCUUAGAUCAGAGUCCUGAGGACAAUCGCCUGAGAAGAAGGACUGGUGUCUCGCUUAGCCUCUCCGACACCGAAGCGGAGUCGGAAUUAGAAUACCAUCCAAAGAUCUUUUGAGUAGCUAUUGAGAUUCGCGUUUGUGACUGACACAUCUGCCAUUUAGCACAAAUCUGUAUGUUCCUGCGAAUAACGCAUAAUUUUACCGUUGAGUACACACAUUCGCACUACGAGCAAUUGAUGUGUAUCGAAGUACAAAACUUAUUGUUGUAACAUAGUUACCGGAACGUCGCUCAGAAAUUACGUAACAGUGCGACAUGUACGUUGUUCUUGUAUAACAAACGAUAUUGUUUUUUGCUAUUGAUACUAUUAAAUAUAUAAUUCUACGAUUUCUAAAAACAA